CAUAAAUCUCUCUCCAGAAACAGCAGAGCAGGGGGGAGCCAGUGCCCAGUGGUGGUGGAGUAGUAGUAGGUGCUGUUUCUGCGCUGGGGAUAGAGAGAAAUAGCAGUGAAGAAGAACAACGCAAAGCAAAAAAGUGAAAAGAAAAAGAAAAAAGAAAUAAUAAAAAAGACGCAAUUUUUUUUUUUUGCUUAAAAAGCCAGCGCUAGUAAUCAUCGGCCCUUCUAUACGUACACAACUCUGUAUCUAUCUUAGAGAGAGAGAGAGAGAGGAGAAGAUCUAGUCCAUUUCGUUCUCUCUCUCUAGAAAGCAUCGUUUCAUAGUUCGAUCUAUCUGUGGUAGUGAUUUGGAGCUGGGAGUAGGGUUACUGAAGUUUGGAUAUUGGCACUGCUUUGAUCUGGGAUUUCUGGGGUUUGGCAAAACCUUAGAGAUUCUUGAGGAUUUUGCUGCAAGGUCUCAACUUCGAGUUGGGGUUUUGGAGGAAAUGGCGGAAUUGUGAUUUAAUUGGAGAGAUUUUGAACCGGAAAGGUUGGAAAUCGGGGAAAGAAUGGAAGAUUGGUCCAGAUAUGCUCAUAGUCCUGCUCAUUUGGCAGUGGCAAGGCAAGAUUAUGCGGCUUUAAAGCAGAUUGUUUUGAUGUUGCCUAAAUUGUCCAAGGCUGGGGAGGUGAAGACUGAGGCUGAGUCUCUGGCUGCUGAGACUGAUGCUGAUGCUGUGUCUGCAAUGAUUGAUAGGCGAGAUGUCCCGGGCCGGGAGACGCCUUUGCAUCUUGCGGUUAGGUUAAAGGACCCUAUCUCGGCCGAGAUUUUGAUGUCAGCGGGCGCUGACUGGAGCCUUCAGAAUGAGCACGGAUGGAGUGCGCUUCAGGAGGCCGUGUGUACGAGGGAGGAGAAUAUUGCUAUGAUUAUCGCGAGGCAUUACCAGCCUCUUGCUUGGGCGAAGUGGUGCCGUAGGCUUCCUAGGAUUGUGGCUUCAGCAGCCCGAAUCCGUGAUUUUUACAUGGAGAUAACGUUUCAUUUCGAGAGCUCAGUUAUACCGUUUAUUGGUAGGAUUGCACCCUCGGAUACGUAUCGGAUUUGGAAGAGGGGUUCUAAUCUCCGUGCAGAUAUGACCCUAGCAGGAUUUGAUGGGUUUCGUAUUCAACGAUCAGAUCAAACUUUUCUCUUCCUCGGAGAGGGGUACUCAUCAGAAGACGGGAAUACAUCUUUGCCUCCUGGAUCAUUGAUUGUGCUUGCCCACAAGGAGAAAGAAAUAACUAAUGCUUUAGAGGGAGCUGGCGUGCAACCAACAGAAUCCGAAGUCGCUCAUGAAGUGGCUUUGAUGUCUCAAACAAACAUGUAUCGCCCUGGCAUAGAUGUCACUCAGGCUGAACUUGUACCCCACUUGAAUUGGAGGCGGCAGGAGAGGACCGAGAUGGUCGGCUCUUGGAAAGCCAAGGUAUACGAUAUGCUUCACGUGAUGGUCAGUGUGAAAUCGAGGCGGGUUCCGGGUGCAAUGACAGAUGAGGAACUUUUUUCCGUGAAUGAUGAUGACAAGAUAGGAAAUGGCGCUGAGCAGAGCGAGUACGAUGAUGUAUUAACAGCUGAGGAAAGGAUGCAGUUAGAUUCAGCACUUCGGGGUAAUCCAGAUGGACUUGUAGAGGACGAGGAACCUGAAAGUCAGGAUUGUCAUGAAACUUAUGACGAUGCUUCGUUUGAGAGCUGUGAAUCCAAUGGUGUGGCUAAAGAAAAGAAAAGUUGGUUUGGUUGGAAUAGAAAAAGUUCAAAGAAUGCUAGUGACGAUCCCGAAGAUUCAAAGAUUGUUAGGAAGUUCUCAAAACUGGCUCCGGAAGAAGGAAAACCAAGGCCCAAUGAUAGUCACCGAUCAUCCUCAGAUGUUGGUAAGGACGAUACGGGGGAGGUUAGAAAGGGCAAAGAUAAAAGUGGUAAGAAGAAGAAGAAAAAAGGGAUAACAAGUGAGUCAAAGAACGAGAGUGAAUAUAAAAAGGGCUUAAGACCUGUUCUAUGGUUGACACCCGAUUUCCCAUUGAAAACGGAAGAACUCUUGCCCUUGCUUGAUAUAUUAGCAAACAAGGUAAAAGCAGUCAGAAGGCUUAGGGAGCUAUUAACGACAAAGCUGCCAACUGGCACAUUUCCUGUUAAGCUUGCAAUCCCAAUAGUACCGACCAUUCGAGUUCUUGUUACAUUCACAAAAUUUGAGGAGCUUCAGCCAGUGGAAGAGUUCUCAACUCCGAUGUCAAGCCCUGCGCAUUUCCAAGAUGCCAAAUCCAAGGAAUCAGAGAGUUCAAACUCGUGGAUUUCAUGGAUGAGAGGAAGCCGGGGUGCACAAUCUAGUGACAGCGAAAGCCGAAGCUUCAGAGAAGAGAUUGACCCUUUUCACAUACCCUCCGAUUAUUCCUGGGUUGAUGCCAACGAGAAGAAACGCAGGAUGAAAGCCAAGAAAGCAAAGAGCAAGAAGCAUAAAAAACAAAGCGCCGCUAGACAUCCAGAAGGCGGGCGCCAGGUGAGUGAGGAUACUGAAGAAUAGUGCAAACAGAGAAUCAAGUUUGCUCAUUUCUUGCAUGUUUGACCCCCUUUUUUUCCCCUUUGUAUGGCUAUUAGAGGCUUUCCACUAUAGUGCUAGAUUUUCCAUUGUUAUUGCUUUAGAAGAUCAUCUUUCGCCUUCCCGCUUUUGUUGUAUUGUUAUUGAAUGUGAAAAAUCAGAACAAGAUCUCACCUUCCAUAGUUUCUAAGCUCAAUUUCUGAGUAAUGCUUCAAAUGUAUCCAUUUCAGUUCCCCUUUUC